UAGCUCCAGACAGCUCGUUCAGCCGCCAGCACUCCUUUAUCUUCCUUGCAGAGAUAUCCCUUUGCAGUUGGAGACCAGGAAAAGCCUGCACUCCACAUCUUGGAAGCGUCUUGUUUUCCCAGGAUAGACGGAGCUGAAGACUCUUCCCAGGCACUUUCAGGUGCGGCGGAAGUAAGGGUUUGGAAUCUGCAUUUUCUCAUCACAGAAGCAACUUGAAGAUGCCUGGGAAGAUGGCCAUGAUCUUUGGAGCUUCGCAGAUACUUUGGGCAGUGUUUGCAGCCUCCCAAGCUUUUAAAAUCGAGACUUCCCCAGAAUACAAGACUCUUGCUCAGAUAGGCGACUCGGUCUCUCUCACUUGCAGCUCCACAGGCUGCGAGUCGCCGUCCUUCUCUUGGAGAACACAGAUAGACAGUCCGCUGAACGCCAAGGUGAGGAGCGAGGGCACCCAGUCCUCGCUGACCAUGGAUCCGGUUGGCUUCGAGAACGAGCACUCCUACCUGUGCACAGCAACUUGUGGAUCCGAGAAACAGGAGAGAGAGAUACAAGUGCAUGUCUACUCUUUCCCUAAGGAUCCAGAGAUUCAUUUGAGUGCCCUUCUGGAGGUUGGGAAGCCCGUCAAAGUCAAGUGUAUAGUCCCUGAUGUAUACCCCUUUGACAGACUGGAGGUGGAGUUAUUGAAAGAUGACACUGUCAUGAAGAAUCAGGAAUUUCUAGAAGAUAUGGAGAGGAAGUCCCUGGAAACCAAGAGUCUCGAAGUAUCCUUUACUCCUACCAUUGAGGAUACUGGAAAAUCACUUGUUUGUCGAGCUAAAUUACACAUGGAUGUAAGCGAUUCUGAAGAAUCAAGUCCCAAAGAAAGGAAGACGAACAAAGAACUGCAAGUCUAUAUCUCACCCAAGAACACAGCAAUCUCCGUGCAUCCUGCCACGAGCCUCCAAGAGGGGGACUCUGUGACUGUAACGUGUUCCAGUGAGGGGCUCCCAGCUCCCGAGAUUCUCUGGAGCAAGAAACUAGACAAUGGGAAUCUUCAGCUUCUUUCAGGAAAUGCAACUCUCACAUUAAUUGCCAUGAAAAUGGAAGAUUCUGGAACUUACGUCUGUGAAGGAGUCAAUCCGGCCGGGAGAAACAGAAAAGAGGUCGAAUUAAUUGUUCAAGAAAAACCAUUUACUGUUGACAUCUCCCCUGGACACCAGGUUGCCACGCAGGUUGGGGACUCCGUUGUGUUGACUUGCAGGGUCACAGGUUGUGAGUCCCCGUCUUUCUCUUGGAGAACCCAGAGAGACAGCCCUCUGAGUGGGAUGGUGAGGAGUGAGAGGACCGAGUCCUCAGUGACCUUGAGCUCUGUGAGUUUUGAGAAUGAAGAUCACUACCUGUGCACUGUGACGUGUAGACAUCGGAAAGUGGAAAAGGCAAUCCAAGUCACACUCUACUCAUUCCCUCAAGAUCCAGAAAUUGAGAUGAGUAGUCUACUAGUGAGUGGGGAGCCUGUCACUGUGAGCUGCAAGGUUCCUCUUGUGUACCCUUUUGACCACUUGGAGAUUGAAAUAUAUAAAGGGGAAACCCUUAUGAUGAGUAAAUACUUCUCGGAGGAAAUUAAUAUAAAAUCUCUAGAGAACAAAAGUUUGGAAAUGACCUUCACCCCCACCCCUGAAGAUACUGGAAAAGUUCUUGUUUGUCAGGCUAAGUUACAUGUUGGGGAAGUGGAAUCUGAACCCAAACAAAGGCAGAGUACACAGACCCUUUAUGUCAACGUUGCCCCUACAGGUACUACUGUCUUGGUCAACCCCUCCUCUAUCCUAGAGGAAGGCAGUUCUGUGAAUAUGACAUGCACUACCCAUGGCCUUCCAGCUCCAAAAAUCCUAUGGAGCAGACAGCUCAGUAAUGGAGAUCUACAGCCUCUUUCUGAGAAUACCACUCUCACCUUAAUUUCCACAAAAAUGGAAGAUUCUGGCAUUUAUGUGUGUGAAGGGAUUAACCAGGCUGGAGUAAACAGGAAAGAAGUUGAACUAAUUAUCCAAGUUGCUCCAAAAGACAUACAGCUUACAGCUUUUCCUUCUGAGAGUGUCAAGGAAGGAGACAUGGUCAUUAUCUCCUGUACAUGUGGAAAUGUUCCAGAAACUUGGAUAAUCCUGAAGAAAAAAACAGAGGCGGGAGACACCGUGCUAAAGUCUAUAGAUGGUGCAUACACCAUCCACAAGGUGCAGCUGGAGGAUGCGGGAGUAUAUGAAUGUGAAUCUAAGAAUAAAGCUGGCUCAGAAUUAAGAAGUCUAACACUGGAUGUUAAAGGAAGAGAAAAUAACAAGGACUAUUUUUCUCCUGAACUUCUUGUUCUGUACUGUACCUCGUUCUUAAUAAUACCUGCCAUCGGGAUGAUCAUUUACUUUGCAAGAAAAGCCAACAUGAAAGGAUCAUACAGUCUCGUAGAAGCACAGAAAUCAAAAGUGUAGCUAAUCUUUGAAAUGUUGAACUAGGGACACUAUUUAUAAAUCCCAAAAUACUGCUCAUCAUUCCACAAGAAAAACACAGAGCUGAGUUCGGACUUCUCAGAAUGAAUUAAAAACAGAAAACAAUGGCCCCUUGUGCCCCUUGCUGUGAGCAAGAAGCCAACAGAAAACUUAGUGCCUGAAAAGUCACUGCCAUUGAGAUGAGAUGACCGGAAGAGUUUCUCCGAUGUGUACAUAAAAUAAUACUCUGUACAUAUGUAAAAUAAAAUUAUGCCAUAGCACGACUGCUUGGAAUAGCAGCACCCUGCCUUCAGAUCAUGGGAAUAAUUAAACCGUGUGCUUGGACUGACUCUUAAUAACUUAAUAUAUCUGAGGGAAAUUUAAUUGUUAACAUUGACUGGCAGCUGACCUAAGUGAUCUCUCUAAUAUUUUGUUUCUUUUAACAAGAUCUUAUUCUUAUAAAGUUUAUUGAAAUAAUUUCAUGCUUUAUGAAGAAGCUAGGGACUCACAUUUGUACAGGAGAAUGAUGAAGGGGCACUGGGUUGGCUUUUAGGUACUAAAUGCCUCAAUCUACAGUGUGCUGGUUGACUGGGCUCCUCUGCAUGGUACUGGCGUGGUACGGAGACGUUUUAUAACGUUUAUUCAUCUGAAUCUUGUGUAACUUCACUGAUGGGAGUUUUAAAAUGCAACUUCUUUUUAUUUUCUUUUGUAAAUGUUUAGUUUUUUGUGUAGUAAAGUGACCAUUUCUGGCAGUGGAA